GUAGAUGACGAAAGUCCUGCGAUAGUACAGAUGUGUGAUACAUCAUGGUGUUAUGUUUUUUGCGUUGUGGCGGUGCCGAAUAUCUUAGAUGUUAGAACUUCUACAGUCUUCUACAGAAUACUCUAGUAUUUAGUAUUUACGGUGCCGCGGUUAAAUGACAUUUUUGUCACAUUUGUAGCGGUAGAAGUGAUGCUCAUAAAAUUUUUAACAACAAGCUGCUGUACGAUAUGUUAUGGUCUAUGGUCAAACAUGGCGCUGCAGCUUCGACUUCACGUUACGAUUAGCAAACAAACUGCGUUUGAUAACCUGGUAUAGCGCUAUAUUAUUGUUAAUUGCAUAUGAUUUUGGCCAGCGCAGCCGUAGCCGCAAAGAUUCUUCUGAAGCUGCCUGGAUGGAUUCUCCGAUCCGAUGCUCGCGGAAGAAUUUUGUACCACGUUUUAAGUGCGCAAGAAAAAACACGACAAUCUGACCAGAUCUAUGUUGUGUAAGUGUAUCUGGUAUCAUGAUUUUGGAAUUCCGUGGCCGGACAUGAUUCCGAUGAUUCGAAGCGGUUUUAUUCUACGCGGCGCGAUUAUGUUUGGAGUUAAACAUUCCGCAGUUGCGAGAACCGCCAUGUGCAAAUCUUAAGACCGGCUUGUGAAAAUGGCUUCGACCGAUAGAGAUGCGGAAAAUUUGGGGAAGCAGUUUGAUGACAUAUUAUUGCGGAUCUAUGGGAAUGGACGAUAUCAGAAGUUCGUUGUGGCGCUUGUCCUGUUACCGGCAAUAGCGGCCCAGUCAUUCCUCGUUUCUGGCUUUGUAUUCGUCAUCGCUGCCCCUCCGCACUGGUGCAAAUUGCCGUUCGAGAGAAAUGCAAAUCAUAGCCACGAUACUCAUUUAAUGAAUGCGACGGACGUUGAUUUCAAGGCGCUGUUGCCCCGAAAUCCGGAAGAUAACUCUACAGAAAAAUGUCAGAAAUAUAAUGUUGAUUACACGGAGUUACUGACUGAAUGGAAAACGCUAGAUUCACUGGCGGCCCACUUCGACAACGCCACCAGCAACGGCAUCCUGAAUACGACUGCUUGCGACAGCUGGGUUUAUGAUCACUCAGUGUAUCACGAUACGAUUGUUACAGACUGGGAUUUGGUUUGCCAUCAGGACUUUUUACCGACUUUGGCGUAUAUUCUAUCGGCUUUCGGGACAGUGAUUGGAACGCCGAUUGGAGGUUACCUAUCCGAUUUAAUCGGCCGGAAGAAAACAUACCUUCUGUUUUUGGCCAACCAAGUAAUCUUUUCAGCCGCUAGCGCCGGAUCGCCCUACGCUUUUUACGGCUUUUACAUUUUUGUCAUUCUCAAUAUCAUCCAAGCUUUAUCCGUCAACAACACCUACUUAACACCGUCCACGUUGGGAAUGGAAAUCAUUACACCGGGUUUUCGCGCCACGUACAUGGUUUUGGUGUCGGUGGCGUACACAGUCGGUGGGGUUGCCAGUACCGGCAUUGCCUAUUUAUUCCGCUCUUGGCGGACAUAUGUCCUGGUCAGCAACCUUCCAUUUCUGGCUUACGCUGUAUACUGGUGGAUCAUGCCGGAAAGUCCUCGUUGGUUGUUAUCACGGGAUAGAUACGAUGACCUCGAAGCAUUUCUGAAGAGAGCGGCGAAAAUGAACCAUGUCGAUUACAACGAAUCUCUGAAAUGCCAGUUUAAGCAACUCUGUGAUCAGGCGAAGAGCGCAAGGAUAAAGGAGCCCGGUGUCACAGCGCAUCAACGCGAAUAUUCCUAUCUGGAUCUGUUCCGUACACCGCAAAUACGCAAACAAACUCUACUGAUGAUCAUACUGAACACCGUGUGCCAAAUCUGCUACAAUGGGCUGUCGUAUUAUGCCCCAUCUCUGGGAUCGAAUCCCUAUUUGAGUUCCUUCCUAGCCAGCAUUGUUGAACUGCCGGCGGCCUUAUUCACGGAAAUCAUAUGUGAUCGGAUUGGACGGCGCCCGACGAUUGUCCUGUGUUUCGUACUGGGUGGCGCUUCGUGUUUAGCAACAUUGGGGUUACCGACGGAGCACGCCAUAUAUGCUGCUGUGUUGACCUUGUUCUUAUUCGCAAAACUAUUUGUGUCCAGUGCAUAUAUUGUGCAGGAACUCAUUCAGAACGAAAUACUGCCCACGGUUGUUCGCGGCAAAGGUGUAGCGUUGUCGAAUUUUAUUGCGUCGAUUGCGACCAAUAUCGGACCGGUUAUUGUGUAUUUGGGAUACAAGGACUCCUCACUGACUUUAGUGGUAUUUGGUGGAAUCAUGAUCUUUGCCAGUAUUUGUGCUAUGUUUCUCCCGGAAACGCUGAAUCUGGCGCUUCCGGAAACGCUAGCCGAAUGUGAGGAAAAUGGAAAAAUUAGUUCAUGGAAGGAUUUUCCGUUUUGGAACCAUAUAAAAGGGAAACUCUAAAAUUUUUAAUUUUUUCUGGCUGCUUUUUCUUUUAUAGUCUAGUAAUGGCGUAAUUUUCAGACACAUGUUGCUCAACAGAAUGCAAAUUACUUUGUAUUACCCAAGUACAACAUGACUGUAAUAUGAGGCUAUGAGCGUCUCACUGUAAAUACAAUAAGUAUGAGGGCGUCUCAUACUCUCGGCUAUGGCAAUGAGCACAUCCCAAGUUUAAAAUUAUUAUUUGUAUAUAAA